CACCGAACUGCUGAGCCGGAGCGACUUCCAGCAGCAACCCACGCCUCACAGCACGGGAUUAAACACUAGUCCCAGAAAUGAGGAAGGUUUUGUUUGUGGAGCCUGUCAUUUUCAUCUAUGUGUUUGCCUCUUCCCUGACGAGCCCGCUGGUGCAGCAAUUCAUCUACCGGCAGCUCUGGGAGGAAGAAUACAAUUCCACUUUUGUAAGCAAUAGCAGUAUCAGCCACUGCGAGCAGAAUAAAAGUAGCCCGGCUUAUAUCAAGCAGAAGGUAGCUCAAGAAAAAACCUCUGUUUUUAAUAUGCAGUUAGACUUAACUGGGGCAGUUCCGAGCCUCAUAGUUGCCUUUGUCAUUGUAGCUAACGGGGAUCGCCAGGGACGCAAAAGGUCUUUGGUUUUACCAUCAGUGGGAACUUUGGUUGCUAAUAUUUGUCUCGCUGUAAUAUCAUAUUUUUCCUUGUCACUCUCUAUCCUAUUUGCGGUUGCAUUUAUCAGUGGGCUGUUUGGGAGUAUAGCAACUUUCCUUGGAGGAGGCUUUGCUUAUAUAGCAGAUGUGUGUCAGGAUGAGAAGCAGAAAACAACACGAAUAGCUGUGGUGGAUUUGAUUUUUGGAAUUGUGUCUGGAUUGGCAGGACUGUCAUCUGGCUAUAUUCUAAGAGGAAUAGGCUUUACAUGGACAUUUGUGACAGCAUCUCUGCUUCAUGUUGUUAAUAUUAUCUAUAUUAUAUUUUUUCUGGAAGAAACGGUAGAUGUAUCUGAAUUCCAGCGUGAGGCACCAGGAUCCUGUAAAGAACUUCUUAAAGAGACGUUUUCUGGAGUGUACAUGCUUUUUAAAACUGCCCCUUAUAAGAAGAGAAUUUUAAUAAUUGUGUUGCUUUUCAUAUUUAUGAUGUACUUGUUUACUGCAACCGGUGGGAGUUCACUUUUUACACUGUAUGAACUAGAUGAGCCACUCUGCUGGGAUGAAGUAUACAUUGGAUAUGGAGCAGCUGCCUCCACUUCUAUCUCUCUGACCAGUUUUUUUGGUGUUUACUUAUUUUCUAAAUGUCUCAAAGACAUUUAUAUUGUCUUUAUCGGGAUAUUUUCUUACAUUGGAGGAAUGGUCAUGGCUGCCUUUGCCAGAACUACCCUGCUCAUGUUUUUAGUAAGAGUACCAUCUUUGCUCUGCUUUAUGCCUAUUCCUGUUCUCCGAGCCAUGCUCUCAAAAGUGGUUCUCACUGGUGAACAGGGUGCUGUGUUUGCUUGCAUUGCCUGUUUAGAAGUUGUGGUCGGCACUAUUUCAUUUUCAGUUUUUAAUAUUCUCUAUGCAGCUACUGUUGCAUGGUUUUCAGGCUUUAGCUUCCUUCUGUCAGCAGGCCUUUGUCUAAUUCCACUGGCUGCCUUAUGCUGGCUUCUGUGCACAAGCUGGAACGAGGAGGAUUUGGCUCUGCUUGUAUCUGAAGAAGUAUCCAGCAUAGAAAGCAUUGAUAGUUGAACAAAGGAUUCAUCUACUUGGGUUUUCUAAUCUGACAUGCAGUGGCAGAGACCAUUAUGUCGUACAGAGACCACAGCGAGAACACAACAGUUGCAGAUGCAAUCUCAAAGUGGCCUUGCAGCAAUAAGCACUAAAUAGGUAGCACUCUAUAUCCAUUCUCUUUUUAGCACUUUAAUAAAGCUAGCUCUUAUACUUAACUAGGCAAAUAGGCUGGCAAUGGAGAUCUUAAUGCUGCUUUCAACUUGAUUAAAAAAAUAAGGUAGGAUGAUACUCUUUGCGCUUACUUACACUUUCUCAAGUUUGAGAAUGUCAGCUGUGGAUUGUGAUACAUCUUGUAUCAUUUUAAGUUGAUAAGCUUAUCAACGCCCUACAACUACAUUAAAGUAAGGAUGUAGAGAGGAGGUGGGUGAUUUCCCAUGCAACAAGUGAUAGGACAAGCGGUAACAGCCUCAAGCUGUGUCAGGGGAAGUUUAGAUUGGAUAUUAGGGAAAAAUUUCUUCACUAAGAAAGUGAUCAGGUAUGGAGCAGGCUGCCCAAGAAAAUGUUGGGAUCACUGUCCCUGAAAUGCUCAAAAACCAGGCAGAUGAGGCCCCUAGUGAUAUGGCAGUCCUGGGGUAAAGGUUGGACUUGAUGAUUUUAAAGUGCCAGCUGAGGAUGCAGUCCACUGUGUACAUCUUAAUAGGCCUGUUUUAACGGUGAAGCCCCCAAACCUAUUUAAAAUGACUCAACUAAAUGGCAGUUUUUUCAGAAAGCAACCCAGCUGGAGGCAGUACUUGCACCUGCUGUAAGCAGACUUACUGCUCUGCAGUUAGCAGAGUGUCUGUGCAAGUUCAAUGUAUGAUGUGUGGACCUUGCCUGUGACUUAGUUCUUAAAAUGGAUUUUCACACAGAGAUGUCAUACUUACUUCCAUCUUGCAAAGUGUGAAGUUAGGCCCAUGCCUACAAUUUGCAGAGGCCAUAUUGCACAUUUAUUUUUAUAAUUUUGUAUUUAUUAGGGUCUGGAUACAGAGACCUAUUUUUUUGUCCCAUAGAUACUGCUUGUUUUUUAGUUAAUUGGCUCCACUUGGCUUUAAUGUUUCUUCUAGUGAAAAGGUGUAAUAGCAUUUCUUUGCAGUGGGUCUUUGAUUAUUUUUUUAACAACCCUGACAUGAGGUGACCAAAUCUGAAUCAUGCAUCUAAUCAUCUUGCAAUGAAUGCAGCAUAAUUUAUGAGCACUUCAACAGUAUUUCAUCUUCAAAGCACUUUAUAAAUGCUAUUAAGAAUCUCCUUCCACAAUAGAUAUUAUCCUCCCUGUUACAGAUAAAGAAAAUUAAGAGAGGACAAGUGACUUACCCAGGGCCACACUGCGAACUGGUAAGGCUGUCAAACCUAGAAAUUGGUUUCUGCAUUGACUCUUCACCUUUUUGCUUGAGAUCUUUAAGCAGAAAUUAUCCAGAGUUAUUAGCUUCUGGAAUAUACAGCAGAAGUAUAAAUAAAACACUGUGUUAAGGAUCACUGCCAUGUGUUUUUUAAUGUGACAGUUUGACAGCCAAUACUGCUUCGAUCCCUGAAAGCACAAGUGGGUUGUGUAAGACUCUCAUCCCCCAGAACAGAUUAGGUAGAGAAGUCAAAAUGAUGUAAAGUGGUUGACAUUCACACAAGGAAAACUCUAGGAAAGGAACUGACUACACACGCACAGAGUGUAGCAUAAAAAUGAAGACAGACAUAGCAUAUGCUGUAAAAUCAAUGAUCUGCUUACAUCCAUUAAUAUCCAUCAUGCAGAGUACUUCUGCAGAACUUCUCAGUGGUACUCCACCAAAAAAUACCAGUACCACCUCAUGAUGAUACUAUUGUACAUCCUGUUUGUUUGAAUGAUAGCAUUUUUUUCCAAGCUACGUACUGUGAUCAUGGAGAAGCUCAAUAAGGUAAAGAGGGUUUAAACGGGCAGGGGGGUUAGAGCUAGAUGAUCUUAAGGUCCUUUUCAAGCCUAACUAUUCUAUGAUUCCAAGUAAUGCAGAAGACCAUUGCCUCCCUGUCACUGAUGAAAACAGUGCUGUUUAUCCAGGGCAGGGGAAUGAAUAUUUACACAGCUAACAGCUAUAGCCAACUCUUACACUUUUUGAACUACCAAGGCUGGUGUUGGCAAUUAAAGUUUAGACACUAGCCAGUAAAUAAAACUGCUUAACUCUCCUCCCUUGAGUUGCCCGAGUUGCUGCCAACUUGUUGGAGAAGUGAGCUGAGUUUUACAAUAAUCACUGGGUCCAAAAUAUAAUGAGUACUUGUUGAGAGAUUAAGAGAACACUAGCGUAGGAUUUCAGCACAAAGAUUACAUUGUCUUCGUUGUGUCUUCAUUAUGCAGUUCUGUAUGGCUUUAUGAAAUUAACUAUUUAACACAAAAUUGCCUGAAAAAGUAAAGCUAAUGAAGUAGGGCUGUGUGCCUUCACUUGCUCUGCUGCAGUAUACACCUCUGCUAGCAUACAGAAGGUGUCAACAAAGCACAGUUCUGCAGUGGCAUUGUGUUGGUGCAAAUGAAAACAAGCACGUAUACUUCAUUAAUGGCUUUAUUAUGGUGUGAUUUUGGUGCACAAAGCACUUGCUAUUUGCAAAGUAUUUCUGCUUUCAGAACUAGCUGUAAGUUUAGAUCAAAACACAUGAAGGACAUGAACUGUGUUGUUAAAGUGCCUAGGAUGGUGCAAGCUGAAGAAACCAGGUACUAAUGCAUUUCAGAUUAUUAAAGUCUUCAAAGAUUAUAAUAGUUGUUCUAUUUGUAUAUAAAUGCAAAUUAUUUUGACCUUAAUUAAAUUUGUUU